GCCAUCCUUUUCGUGCUGUGCGUCAACUUUGUCAUCAUCACCUGCCUCAUCACCUUCUUCGUUUCCGGCUGUGAGAAUCUGAAGGUCGCUGGCUUCACUUCCAAAUUUCCCGAAGGACCAUUUAAGCAUAAGCUGAACAAGGAGCUGCUUUACCCUCAAUGCAAUUCUGACUGCGCCUGUAACAUAAAUGCGUGGACGCUGGUCUGUCACCGCAAGUCGGGCAUCACUUUCCCAUCGCCUUGCUCGGCCGGCUGCUCCUCCGGACCGUUCACCGUGCAACAGGAGUCACUUUUUGACACAGGCCUUUUGGGCGUCCUGGGCCAUCUCUUUCCUAACCUUGCGGCAGACCAUCUGAGUUCUCUCCACAAGCUGUAA